AGCGAAACCUUUCCGGAUAGGAAAACGGGGCAAACUAAAUUUUCAUUUUUUAUAGAAAUCAAAUACACGUUUGAAUUGGAUGCGGAAACAACUCCAAGAACAUUUAAACUCGUGUUUCUUCUUGACGGUGGAAAAAAAUUAUAUGAAACUACAGCUAAGUUCAAUCUGACUGGCAAGAAUAACACUACGUGUGUGGAUUUCUCCCAGAUUCACGUAGAGGUGUGUUCGCAUGUGUGAUUUACAGGUUUUCACUUAUUUUCGGGCAGCACGGUCAGCUGCAGUUAUCAAAAUUCUUUUCAUUAUACCCAAUAUUCUUGUACUUGGCCGCAAAUCAAUGGAAUUGAGAGAUGAAUGAGAGAUGUAGAAUGAAAUGAAUGUUGAUGAUGAAUUGAGAUGUAGUUUCGUAUUAACUGCUCCGAUAUAAUUGUCAACAUUCCUGAAACAUGUGCUGCCCUCCAACACAACGCAAACUGAAAACCACGUAUGGUUUUUAAAAAGCACACAAGUAAAAACGUACAAGUUUUAACAAACGUUCAACAGACUUGUAGCAAUGUUGUUCCAAAAUUUCUCAUCAGGAUGUGUUCGCACUGCUUUUUGCAAGUUGUUCCUCAUUAGGAUGUGUUCAACAGACUUGUUGCAAGUUGUUCCAACAACUUGUUAUCCGUCCUGCAAUUCAAUAAUUUGCCAACUAGUCUAGGACAUGUAUAUGAGUUUGUAUGCAUUUCAUUUGGGACAGAUAAUCUUUACUGUUUUAGGCCAAGUUGACCAUGACGGUCAACAUGGUAACGCUGCCCGAAUCCCAAUCCGGGACGAAACGUCCGAAAAUGGGCACACUCAAAAACGACGCUUUCGCCAUAGUGCUAUCUACCAAACCAUAAAAGCUUUGUCUAUUCUAAGGUGCUUAUAUGGUUCAGAGAUGGUACUUUUAGGGGUGGUCAUUGGUAAGUGUGAAAUGCCUAGCACUGAUAUUUCACAAGAAAUAUCAUAUAGCUCUAUAGAACUUAACCUUUGUUGUAAAUAACACGCAAUUCAGUCAUUGUAGACUACAAUGUGUUUCUUCUUAAUAAACCUAUCUAUCUACCUAUCUAUCUAUCUAAUCAUAUCUCGUCAAUAUGUGGCUUGCAACUUCAGAUAAACAGCAGUGGACCUACAUUACCUUUUUCCCUAAAUCUUUUUGAUAGAAACGUAAUUGGUACUUAUUUAAGUAUAUUAUCACUGUUUUGGUGUAAAAUAGUUAAUAUUUUGUGACCGAAAUAAUAAUUUGAAUUCUAUCUACCUCCUGCAAAUGGACGUAUUUGGCCAAAUUCGCCACUUUACUUUGCUGUUUCUUUGCGAUCUAGUUGAAAUCCUUCCAAAUAUACGGAUUCAGCUCAAACAUAGUGGUAUCAAGCACAUUUUAAACAAGUUUUAACUGGGUUUCAAGCAGGUCCUACCUGUUUAAUUAACCAUCGAGAAGGUAAAACCUCAACUUUGUCCAAAUUCUGUACCAUUUUGUCAUCCCGUGUCUGUUGUCUUCCAUCCAAGCCAUUUCGAUGGUACUCAUACCAAAUUUAACCCUUUGGGGUUAAAUUUAAGGGUAUCAAGAAAAACUAUUAACAAAAGAUACGAAAUGCAGCGUUUUAUCACCCUGUAAAAUGUUGCUUACGAGUCUUUCAAACAUUCCGUACAAAUCUCGCGUGGCAAAGUAACAGGGAUAUGACAGGGGGUAGAGACGUUAAAGAUUAAAGCAAAGGCACGUCAAAGACUCGUAAGCAAUAUUUUACCAGGUGAUAAAAUGCUGCAUUUGGUAUCUUUUGUUAAUAUUUUUAUCUUGGUACCCUUAAUAAAGGGUUAUAUUUGUUGUUGGUGCAAUCGAAAUGGCUUGGAUGGAAGAAUAACAAGGCCGAAUUGUUGACAACAUGACAAAAUGGCGCCGAAUUGGGACAAAGUUGAAGUUUUACCUUGUCGAUGGUUAAACAGGUAGGAUCUGCUUGAAACCCAGUUAAAACUUGUUUAAAAUGUGCUUGCAUGAUAUCACUAUGUUUGAGCUGAAUCCGGAUAUUUGGAAGGAUUUUAACUAGAUCGGCGAGAAACAGCGGAGUAAAGUGGCGAAUUUGGCCAAAUACGUCCAUUUGCAGGAGGUAGAGAGUAAUUAUUUUUAUUAUUUCGCUGACAAAAUAUUAACUAUUUUACACCAAAACAGUGAUAAUAUACUUAAAUAAGUACCAAUUACGUUUCUAUCAAAACGAUUUAGGAAAAAAGGUAAUAUAGGUCCACUGCUGUUUAUGUGAAGUUGCAAGCCACAAGUUGACGUCUGACUAUGAUUAUUGCAUAGUCAUUUUCUUGCGAAAUAUCAGUGCUAGGCAUUUCACACUUACCAAUGACCAUGCACCCCUAAAAGUGCCAUCUCUGAACCAUAUAGGCACCUCAGAAUAGCCAAAGCUUUUAUGGUUUGGUAGAUAGCACUAUGGCGAAAGCAAGGAUAGUAACUUUUGAAGAUAUUGUUUGCACCUGUCUUUCUUGCUAUGUAACAUUAAAUCAUUUAUAUCGUUUCCGUUACUAAAUGAAAUCGUUAAACAUACUGAUUCGUUUUCCAUGAAGGUGGCUUUGACUUUUCAGCCUGAUCGAAGCAGCUUGUGGUCAUACUGUGAAAGUUGAAUUACAUUCAAGUUUCUUGGCGUAUAUGCCCGUCUAGUGCACCCUUCCGGAAAGUAGUCAGCCUUGCCUAUAGAGCCUCGUUUUCUUGUUACAGAUGGACAUAUUUAUGAAAUCAUACAAAAUUGUGCCAUCAAUAACAAUAUAAAAGUCUCUAAAGCCGAUAUCUUAAUCCCGAAAACGAGGCUCUAUAAUAGCCUCCAGAAGGGUGUAUUGUUCAUGUGAUUCGAGUAGGUCCCUCGUUCCGCCAAUAUAAUGGCAGAUGGCCAUUGACAUAUUGUAUUCUUGUUCCAGGACAAAAACAGGUUGACGGACGCCCUAAGCCGGGGAACGGCGGACAUUGUUUUUAAUUUGAAGUACGAACUCAAUUCACCACCAGAAUGUGAGAAGACGGCUUUGUGUCCAGUGCUUGACCAAAGUAAAAAUCCUUCGGUCAGUCAAAAG